AGUGUGACAACCAGCGGAAGUAAACAACACAAACAGUGAUCGCUUCAGCUGCAUGGACGUGUUGAAUUCAUUAGCUGCAAGACGAGUAGUCGUAGUGCAGAUAAAGCAACAAUGUCUUCAGUGUCAGUAUUUGAGAGAGUUUGUCAACGAGAGACUAUCUGCUGCUGCUGAAGAAAUAUUCGGAGUUUUUGAAAAAACUAUCUUCGAGUACGAAGAAGAGAUCGAUCGACAACGAAGACUGUUGGAUGUUGUUUGGAAACCUGAAAUACAGUUACUCAGCAGAGAGCUCCCACAGCAACAUGUCUGUGAGCAGCAGGAGGUGCUCACUGACCAGCAGCUCUGUAUUCAGGAGAGGAACUCCAGUCUGGACCAAGAGGACCCAGAGCCUCCACAGAUUAAAGAGGAACAGGAGGAACUCUGCACCAGUCAGGAGGGAGAGCAGCUUGUACUAAAGCAGGAGACUGAUGACUUUAUGGUGACUCCUACUACUGAGCAAAGUGACCACAGUGAAUAUCAAACUCUGUACUUCAAUCCUGAUGACAUUCUAAGUGCACCAGAGUCUGUAGGCAACGUACCAGUUAUCAUCUCUGUGGUAUCAGAAGCACACAGUAACCAACAGCUUCUCUCUCACAACUCUCUUGAAGUUGAAAGUCAAGAUCAAAAAGUCAGCAAACAUGGAGACUCAGGAUACGCAAGAAAUGCAGAGCCAAAACAAAACAAAAGACAUCACAAAAGCGGAAGUCACAGUAACAAUGUAAACAACUUGUCGGAGAUUCAACAUCAUACUCACACAAGUAAAACGAUUUUCAAAUGUGACACUUGUGGGAAAGAUUUUAAGUAUAUGUCAAUAUUACGGAGACACCAGAGCAUCCACACGGGUGAGAAGCCAUUUUCUUGCAAAACUUGUGGAAAGAAUUUCCGAUACAGUAGUCGCUUGAUAAACCACAUGAGAAUCCACACAGGUGAGAAACCAUUUUCUUGCAAAACAUGUGGAAAACAUUUCCGAUACAAUGGUAACUUGAUAGGUCACAUGAGAAUCCACACAGGUGAGAAGCCUUAUGUUUGCAAGACCUGCGGGAAAAGCUUCAUUGAGAUGUCAACAUUGAGAAGGCAUAUGAGAAUCCACACGGGUGAGAAACCGUAUAUUUGUAAAGUAUGUGGGAAAGAUUUCAGACGUAGCGAUGAUUUGAUGGUCCACAUGAGAAGAGCCCACACUGAUGAGAAGCCGUAACUUUGAAUCGGAAAGUUAUAAAGUUGUGCAUACAGACAAGUAGUUUUCUAUUUGAAACUAAAGUGGGGAGGCACAUGAAUGCAGCACUUGGGAGAAAAGUAAAUCAUUGUGUAACAUUCAAUGUAAAAUAGAGGUCACAUAUCUUAUUGUAUUGAAGUUAUAUAUGUUAGAAACAUAUUCUUAAUAACGCCACAAAGUCAGGAUUCAAAUCAAAUACAAGUCUUGAUCAAUAUUCUUAUAAGAAGAAGCCGAGUUUUAUUUCAUACAAAGGAUGUAAUAAUGUAACGGUAGUUCUGCACAGUGAGUGAACUUCCUAUAAAUGUUUGACUUGUUAAAUUAAUAUUCUUUAAAGAUAUAUUUUUAUAAACUACCUCGGUUAUAUGAGUGGAUUGUGAACUCUGAUGUUGAAGCUGAGAAACCCUCUACUGGUGGGGUCACUUAUCUUGUCUUGUUGUUAUCCUGCCAACCAGUCUUUUUAUCUGCAGUAUUAGUAAUGUUAAAUACAAUAUAUUUCUUUAUCUAUUUUGUGAUUUCCCCCCCCCCCCUGCAUAUAUUGUUCUAUUACUGGAUAUACGGUACUGUAUUGUUUUGGGCUUUCCAGACAUAUUGUAGAGGAUGUGCUACUUGGUGCUGUCAAUGCAUUUUAUUAAUAAUAAAA